AUGAGUGCAAGCCAAACUUCAAAUCCGGCAUCUUUUCAAUCUUCAGUGGGAGUAACGUCAACGGAAGAAUUAGCCGAGAAAUAUCAAAAAUUAUUUACAGAAUUUUCACGGAUAAAAGCACAACACUCUGUUCUUAAGAAGGCUGUUAUUAAAGAACGAGCAACAAACGAUACAUUAAAAGAAGAAUGUAAAACUAAAGAACAAGAAUUAAGAAUUUCUUUGCAACAAUUAGAUUUAUUAACUUUUCAUAACCAACGUCUAACAAAACGGAUUGAAUGUUUGCAAGAACCGACUACUUUGGUAAAAAGACUGUCGCCUGUAUGGUUGAUGGGUUCAGCGAAAAAAGAGCUUGAAAGAUCAAAGAUAACUUUAGAAACAAUUAGUAAAGAGCUUCAAAGAAAAAUUGAAGAGAAUGAAAAGUUGCACAAGGAAUUGUUCGAUGUCAAUAGUACUUAUACUGAACAUGAGAAUGAUCUUAAAGAAAAAAUAUCAAAGUUAGAGAAAUUUAAUGAAGAAAUUCAGUUAGAGUUAAAAAGAUCAGGUGAUGCAUCAGAAGAAGCUUUAAGUACGAUAAGACGAGAGAAAAGCGAACUCGAGAAUGAACUUGAUCAGACUAAAAAUGAUCUUCGAAUGUAUGAAAGAAAUGAACAGAAUCUAAAAAAAAGUGACGAUUAUAUACAAGCAGAGAUUGAUGCGUUAAAAGAAAUAUUAUUUAUUAAUCUUGGUUUAACACAUGAGGGAGAUAACGGCAUUCAAUUUAAUGAAUUGGGUGAUAAAAUGGAUCCUGAAUCAAGAGAAAUUAUCGCAAGUUUUAAACAAUUACAAUCUAAACUUGGCUUAAAAGUUAAAAAAGCAAGUCAAUCAUGGCAAAAUAGCUUACAACUUUUGGCAACUAAAUUAUCAAACGCUCAAGAUCGUGUAUCAGAGUUAACAACGGAAAAAGAAAUUCUUGUUAAAACUAACGAAGCUGAUUCAAAUAAAGUUACAAAUUUGGAAGCUGAAAUAAAUAGACUCAAAGAAGAAUUGGCAAAACAAAAGGAAAAUGUAUUAUAUACAGAAAAAGGUUUUAAUGAUAGUGAAGACGAAGAAUACACAAUGAUUUCAGGUGAAAAUGAAAAUGAAGAAUCUUUAUCGCCAUCUUUUUCAUUAUCCAAGAAGAAGAGCAACAAUAAUAUUAGCGAGAAUAGCAAUCAUCAUAGACAACUACAACAAAAAAGUUCUUUGGAUGGAAAUAAUGAGGAUGAAUAUUUGGAAGUUAAAAUGGAAGAUGAUCAAUCAAAUAAUAUUUCAAUUACUAAUGAAAUGUUCGAUGGUACAGAAAUUAAUGGAACAAGCAGUGACUUAGCAAGUAUUCGCCGUGAUAUAGGGCGAGCUGUUAAAUCAGAUGAUUCUAAACAACGUGAAGGCUUAAUUCAUAAAAAUUAUGAAAUAAAGAUACAAAAAUUAACCGAAAAAUUACAAUAUGCAGACAGUAAAUGUUUAAGAUUAAGUAAAGCAUUAAAAACUGUACAAGCAAGAAUGGCAGAAUUUGAAUCAAUUAUAAAGAAUAACGCACAAGAAAAUGAAAAUUCACAAACUGAAAUAACCCUUUUGCGAACAAAAUUGGAUGAGGAACGUGCGAACUAUGAAAGACAAUUCCAUGAAAUGACUGAUUAUAUAGAUCAACAAUCAGUAACCAUAAAAAAUUUAAAUGAUAGAUUAGCUGAAGUAGAAGAUGAAUUCCAAUUUCAAGAACAUAGCUAG